AUUGAAAUGAUGCCCUAGUGUUUUAGUUGAUUUUGAACAUUCCUUUCUUAAUUACAAUAGGAUAUCCAAAUUAACGAGCUAAAAAUAAUAGCAAAAACUUAAAGAAAUAAUCAAUUUAAAUAAUAAAUAUUAGAAGAUGUUAUCGUAACAAUCUCAUCCAAUAAUUGCACCAUCUGCAAGUUAUACAAUAACUCUACUUAAAAAGCAAUUGAGAUGUAAUAAAUAAUGAAAUAAAAAAUUAGAAUUGGAAGAAAGCAAGACAAUUGAAGGUGUCUCAGUAGGUUUGGAAUCUAAUAGCUUAUAUUAAUGGAAUAUUAGUUUUGCUGGUCCAGCUGAUACUCUAUAUGAAGGAGGUUACUUCUAAGCAAUGAUGAAAUUUCCAGAGGAUUAUCCCAAUUCUCCUCCAACAUUCAAAUUUUUGACUGAAAUGUGGCAUCCCAAUAGUAUAUAUAUAAAUUUACUAAAAUAGUCUAUUCAGAUGGAAGAGUUUGCAUAUCUAUUCUCCAUGCAUAAGAUGAGUUCAAUGAUUAAGAACCUCCAGAAACAAGGUGAUUUAUCAAUUAUAUUCUUAGAUGGAGACCCAUAUUGACACCAGAAGAUGUGUUAAUUUCAAUAGUUUCUAUGUUAUCAGAACCAAAUAUUAAUUCACCUGCAAAUGUAGAUGCUGGAAUUUAAUUUAGAGAUAAACCUGAUGAAUAUAAAAAGAAAGUAAGAAAACUAAUAGACAAAGCAUUAGAAAAUUUAUGA